AGCUAAAGCAAAGUGAAGCAAAUGCAGAUACAAAGGAGAAGCUUCCCUUACGUCUACGCAUCUUUGAAAAAUUUCCAAACAGGCCACAAAUGGUGAAAAUCUCCAAGCUUCCUUCAGAUUUCACCGUUCCAAAAAUAAGGGAGAGUUUCAUGAAGCAGUUUAUUGACCGCCAGCAACAAGACACCAGCUGUCUGCUGCGAAGACUUCCUUCAGCGUCGUCUUCAUCCUGUGACCACUCUAAAAGAUCAGCAAUUGAGGAAAACAAAUAUAUUGAUCAAAAGCUCCGUAAAUCUGUUUUCAGCAUCAGAGCAAGAAAUCUCCUGGAAAAAGAGACAGCAAUCAAUAAAAUCCUAAGGCCUUGUGAGGAAGACCAGGCUGAAGAAGGUGGUUUAGGGAAGAAGACCAGAGUUGGGGGAGCACACCAUCACAGGCGCAGUCAGAUUCGUGAUUCAAAUCUUAGUCUCCAACUUUGUUAUUCCCCGCACAAUGCAGUUGCUUUUACAGUUCUGUUUGAUUUAGAAGCUCUCCUGAAGAUCUGGUGUUUGGGUUUCACAGGAUACAUCAGCUCAUCUCUUCACAAAUUUGAGUUGCUACUUGUAAUCGGAACCACUCUUCACAUUUAUCCAGAUCUCUAUCACUCUCAGUUUACAUAUUUUCAGGUUCUUAGAGUAGUUCGGCUUAUAAAGAUCUCUCCUGCUUUGGAGGAUUUUGUGUAUAAGAUCUUUGGACCAGGAAAAAAGCUUGGGAGUUUGGUUGUAUUUACUGCCAGCCUUCUAAUUGUAAUGUCAGCGAUCAGUUUACAGAUGUUUUGCUUUGUGGAAGAACUGGAUAGAUUUACAACCUUUCCACGGGCAUUCAUGUCAAUGUUUCAGAUUCUCACACAGGAAGGAUGGGUAGAUGUCAUGGAUCAGACACUGAAUGCUGUAGGACAUAUGUGGGCACCAGUAGUUGCCAUUUAUUUUAUACUGUAUCAUCUUUUUGCUACAUUGAUUCUACUCAGCUUGUUUGUUGCUGUUAUUCUGGACAACUUGGAGCUUGAUGAAGAUCUGAAGAAACUUAAACAAAAAAUGAUGAGGUCAUCAGUGUUUCAUAUGUUCAUACUAAGCAUGGUCGCUGUUGAUGUUAUUGUUGCUGCUAGUAACUACUACAAAGGAGAAAAUUUCAAGAGACAAUAUGAUGAAUUUUACCUAGCUGAGGUGAGCACGAGCAUAUUUACAGUUUAUGAAGCUGCUUCUCAGGAAGGUUGGGUGUUCCUUAUGUAUCGAGCAAUUGACAGCUUUCCCCGAUGGCGUUCAUAUUUCUAUUUCAUCACCUUAAUUUUCUUUCUGGCCUGGCUUGUUAAGAAUGUUUUCAUUGCAGUCAUCAUUGAAACAUUUGCAGAAAUUAGAGUGCAGUUCCAGCAGAUGUGGGGAUCCAGGAGUAGUACCACUUCAACUGCCACCACUCAGAUGUUUCAUGAAGAUGCUGCUGGAGGUUGGCAGCUUGUGGCUGUUGAUGUUAAUAAACCUCAGGGUAGAGCUCCCGCAUGUCUACAGGUAUGCAUUGCUUUUUAA